AGGACUCAAGGUCGCCGUGUAGGAGGGGACUCCAGACUGACCAGUAGUCAGCCAGUCAAGGUACACCCGCGUCAUCGUCAUGUCGUGUUGCAGCAUCGCUCCUCUCUACAGGUCCACAGAGGAACAGCCGACACCUAUACAGGCUGUUGUCACAGGAAGUAUUCCAGAAUGGCUACAAGGAAGGUUCAUACGUGUUGGACCUGGAUUGUUUGAAAUCGAUGACUUCACUGUGAACCAUUGGUUUGAUGGUUUUGCAGUCCUCUACAAAUUUGAAAUAAAAAAUGGAAAAGUAACCUUCAUGAAGAAGUUCCUACAGUCAGAUGCAUACAAGAAAGCAAUGGUAGCCAAGAAGCCAGUGUACACAGAGUUUGGAACGAAAGCCUACACGGACACAACCAAGAGUAUGUUCUCCAGAGUCAUCUCCGCAGUAAUCCCAGACUUGACAGACAACUGUGGUGUCAACAUCUUCAGCUACAAAGACCACGUGUUCUGUGGCUCAGAGUCACCAAUGCUGAGAGAAAUCAACCCUGAGAACCUUGACACUUUGGAUAAGAUAGACCUGACUAAGGUUGGAGCCAACAUGAUGAGUAGCCACUUCCUCCAAGACUCUCACGGAGACUUGUACACAAUAGCCACUGAGAUCUUCACCAGCGCAAACUACUCCGUCAUCAAAGUACCAGCCACUGACAGCAACACCCCAUUCAAGAAGGCACAGGCGCUCUGCUCGAUAUCACCAUACAGCAAAGGCCCCAGCACUUAUCACAGCUUUGCAGCCACAGACAACUACAUAGUGCUCAUAGAACAGCCUCUGACACUCAACAUGUUGAAGAUCAUCUCCUUCCACAUCAAGGGACGCAGCCUCUACGACUGUACAGAGUGGCAACCUCACCUGCUGAAUAAAUUCACCAUCAUUGACAAGAGGAGUGGCAAAGUAAUGCCGACACCUUACAUGUCAACAAAACCAUUCUUCCUGUGUCACCAAAUCAACUGCUACGAAGAAGACAAUCAGCUGGUGGUGGACUUUAUAGACUAUGACUCGCCAGCGUUGUUUGAGCAGAUGUUUCUCAACGUGGUGAGACAAGACAAGUGGAAUGUGUCGGGAGGAGGUUGUGGACAGCGGUUUGUGCUUCCCAUCAUACAACCUGGACAGAAAGCAGAGGAGGGGAAGAACCUUGUGACGCUGAAGACCUCGGCCACAGCGGAGUGUAGGCAAGGAGUGAUACAUCUGACAGGACAUCAGCUGACCACAGACAGGGGAUACGAGCAGCCCAGCAUCAACAGAAACUUCCACGGCAAGAAGUACCGCUACUGCUACGCCAGCGGCAUGAUUGACUGCAGCCCACUACGCAACUCGAUUGUCAAGGUAGACACGGACACUGGAGCCAUGACGUUGUGGAAGGACAGUGACACGGCUUUUCCCGGGGAACCUUACUUUGAGGCUCGUCCUGGAGCGACGGAGGAAGAUGACGGGAUACUCCUAGUCCCGGUCACCAACACCGAUCCCGGAGUCCGGGACUGCCUUGUGUUCCUGGACCCCCGGACACUCCAGGAGGUCGGAAGAGCCAGUGUGGACAGUCACGUACCCAACGUCAUGCAUGGGAUAUUCCUUCCUUUUAAAUAAUCAAGAUUCACCAAGUCUUCCUUUUGUACAUAUUGUGUGUGAUUGUUAAAGAUUAAGUUAAAUAAAGUAAGAUAUUUUAUGUUUAAA